AGGGCGCUUGCCCCGGGUUUGUAACCCAGGCUGACGACCUGGGCUCUUGCCGCAGCCCUGGCAGAGGCUUUGAACGCUCUCUGACCUCUUCCGGCCAAGGAAGGGUAACCACAGCCCUUUCUUCCUCCGAUCUUAUGAAGCUGGUGUUGAUGCAACAAAGAAUUUAAGACAAUGGAAGAGCGGAAAGCAAAGAGGAAGAGUCCUAAGUCUUUCAGUGCCCACUCUACUCAGGUUGUUAAUGCCAAAAAAAAUACCAUCCCAGCUAGUAAAAGCACAGGGUUUGCUAAUCCCACGUCACAGUCAACUUCCCAGAGGCCAAAGUUAAAAAGGGUGAUGAAAGAAAAGAACAAACCUCCAGGAGGAGAAGGGAAGGGUGCACAGUCCACGCCCAUCCAGCACUCCUUCCUCACCGAUGUCUCUGAUGUCCAGGAGAUGGAGCGCGGGCUCCUUAGCCUGCUGAAUGAUUUCCACUCUGGAAAGCUGCAGGCAUUUGGAAAUGAAUGUUCCAUAGAGCAGAUGGAACAUGUCCGGGGAAUGCAGGAGAAAUUAGCUCGCUUGAAUUUGGAGCUCUACGGGGAGUUAGAGGAGCUUCCUGAGGAGAAGCGGAAAGCAGCCAGUGACGCAAACCUGGACAGGCUUCUGUCUGACUUAGAAGAAUUGAAUUCUUCUAUACAGAAACUGCAUUUGGCAGAUGCACAAGACGUUCCCAAUGCGUCCAGCAGCUAAGGCGGUCAGCAGCCUGCUCUGUGGGAGGAGCAGAGAAGCCGCAGGCAUUCCUUUCCAGGUAGUCAUUCCUUUCCAGCUGAGUCCAGUAGCAGAAUCAUCUUCCGCAACAAACUCUGAGUCGUGAGAAUGCAAGUGCAGUGAUCAUGUUGACGCCGCUUUAGUCCAUGUGCUCGCAUAGUCCACCGCAGAGGAAGGUCUCCUCAGGAAUGGGAUACAGAGUUGUGCUGCUGUGCUUGCUUCUGUUGCCUUAAGGGUUAUACUUGAAAUGCAUUGUGCUAAACCUUCAGUCGGCCUGAAGGAUUUGUCCUUGCCGUCACCACACUGACCCAGCGCCGCUGUGGUGCACGGGUAUCCUGUGGUGGUCCAGCUUUCGUUUACGUCAGACAAUCAGUACACACGCAGGUGUGUUUCCCAAUGGCCAGUGACAAAUGUUUAAUAAGUACUUGUGAGAUUUGCUAUUUUUAAUAAAGUGAUUGUUUUAAAUGAU